AUGGUAAAGUCAACAAGCAAAACUUCCACCAAGGAAACAGUAACCAAACAACCCACCGAAGAAAAACCUAUACAGGAGAAAGAAGAGUUGGCUCUAGAAACAUCGUCUAGCAGUUCAGAUGAAGAAGACGAAAAAGAUGAAGAUGAAAUUGAAGGUUUAGCCGCUUCUGAUGAUGAGCAGAGCGGUACACACAAGAUUAAAAGAUUGAAUCCUAAGAAGCAGGCUAAUGAAAAAAAGUCGAAAGAUAAAAAGACACUUGAAGAGUAUUCUGGGAUUAUUUAUGUGAGUAGACUGCCACAUGGGUUCCACGAAAAGGAAUUAAGUAAAUAUUUUGCUCAAUUCGGUGAUUUAAAAGAAGUGAGAUUAGCACGUAAUAAGAAAACUGGAAAUUCCAGACAUUAUGGCUUCUUAGAAUUCGUUAAUAAAGAGGAUGCAAUGAUCGCCCAAGAAUCUAUGAACAAUUACUUGUUGAUGGGUCAUCUACUACAAGUGCGUGUAUUACCAAAAGGAGCUAAAAUCGAGAAAUUGUACAAAUACAAGAAGAGAGUUCUAGUAGAGAAAGGUAUCACCAAACCAGUAAAACAGCUAAAGGAUAACAUGAAGCAAAAACAUGAAGAAAGGAUAAAAAAAUUAGCCAAGUCAGGUAUCGAAUUCAAAUGGUGA